AUGAGAUCCAGCUCUGAUGAUGUCUAUCAUAUGAUGGACGAAGGCUCAGCCCGUUUUCACUCGAAACGAGGUAGUCAGUCUCGUGGACUGCAUCAACCUGAACUUCGUAUCAAAGCCAAACGGCUGCAGUGCAACGCGAUUCAGCCGCUCUCAUCUGAGGAGAUCGACCUACUAAUCUCUUCUUCAUGCACUUUCAUAUGA